GGCUGCUCGAACUGCAACAAUCGAACAAGAAAACGGGUUUAUUUAUCGAGCUGAUACUGCGCUUUAAAACCAUCAAACUACUCAAUUACUAUCCAAAGACAAUAUCAUAACUUGAAGUUUACCACAAACGUUAUUAACGUGGCUUGUGCACCUUAAGAAAUGGCAAAUCUGUCGAGUUGGGUGUCAGAAAAACUACACGAUGUUCUUGGUUUUUCUGACAGACACACGACUGAGUUCCUUAUAAACUUAGCCAAGGAUUCUAGCAGUUCAGGAGCUAUGGUGCAGAAGAUUUCACAGAGCCUCGGAGAUGAGGAAAAGAUGGUUGCAUUUGCUCGAGAGCUGUGGGAGAAGGUACCACACAAGGAGCAACCCACUGUUCAUCCUUACAGGGUGAAGGAGAUGGCCUUGAUUGAACAGCAAAAGAAAUUUAGUAACUACAAAAUGUUGUCCGAUGAUGAAGACGAUGAGGAAGAGGUGCAGCAAUCCAGGAAGAAAAAAUCUAAAUCGGAACGCAAGAGAAAACACUUGAGAAAGAAAGGAGAAUCGAGCUCAAGUGAGGAAGAAGUCGUUAGAGAUACGAAGAGUGCUCGUAGAGAUGAUGAUUCAGAAGACGAAUGGGAAAAAGAGGAAAAGGAAGUACAGAAAGAUUUGGCCGAAAGGGAUGCAUUUGCGCAAAGGUUGAGGGAAAAAGAUAAAGAUAAACAAAGAAAUAUUAUUGAACAAUCUGACAGAAAGGCUUUUGAAGAAGCAAAGAAAAGGUUACAGCUUGAUGAAGAAGACAGAAAAAAGAUGGUUCCAGAAUUAAGACAAAAAUCAAGAAGAGAAUACAUCAAGAAACGAGAAGUUGAUCAACUAGAAAUGCUCCAGGAAGACAUCAAAGAUGAAGAAUAUCUCUUUGAAGAAACUCAGCUAAGCAGACGAGAAAGGCAAGAAAGAGAUUACAAAAAGAAAGUCUUAUCAUACGCAUUAGAACACAAAAAAGCAGGGGAAAUAGAAAAAGUACAACGUUAUCGCAUGCCUAAAGAAAAACAAGAACCUUCACAAUAUGAUGAGAUUAUUGAUGAAGAAAAGGGACCUAACUAUGAACAGAAGAAAUGGGAAGAGGAUAAGCUGGGAUAUGCACAGAUGAGGUUUGGUGCUAAGGACGCUAAGCAGAGAAAUAAGUCUACAGAUUAUGACUUCAUUAUAGAAGAUGAGCAAAUUGGGUUUGUGAUGGCAGAGCAGAUUCCAGGAACAAAAACACCAAAAGAGCCACAAAUUUCAGAAGCUGAGAGAAAGAGACAGUCAAUUCAAGAGGUCCGAAGGAGCCUUCCUGUGUUUUCAUACAGAGAUGAGCUAAUACAAGCCGUUGCUGAUCAUCAGGUUUUAAUUAUUGAAGGAGAAACAGGAUCUGGUAAAACAACUCAAAUACCUCAGUACCUACAUGAAGCGGGUUACACCAAAGAUAAGAAGAGAAUUGGUUGUACUCAGCCCAGACGUGUAGCAGCCAUGAGCGUAUCUGCAAGAGUAUCAGAAGAAAUGGGAACCAAGCUUGGUAAUGAAGUUGGUUACAGCAUACGAUUUGAAGACUGUUGCUCUGAACGAACAAUCCUCAAGUACAUGACAGAUGGUAUGUUGUUGAGGGAGUUUCUUGGGGAGCCAGACUUGGCAAGUUACAGUGUGAUUAUAAUUGACGAAGCUCAUGAGAGAACACUACAUACUGAUGUGCUAUUUGGACUGGUUAAAGAUAUUGCACGCUUCAGACCAGACCUCAAGCUUAUUAUUUCUAGUGCAACAUUAGAUGCCGACAAGUUCUCAUCUUUCUUUGAUGACGCACCAAUCUUUAGAAUACCAGGUCGCCGGUUUCCAGUAGAUAUUUAUUACACCAAGGCCCCAGAAGCAGACUAUCUUGACGCAGCAGUAGUAACGGUAUUACAGAUACAUGUCACUCAACCAGAUGGCGAUGUCUUGGUCUUUUUAUCUGGUCAAGAAGAAAUUGAAACAGCUCAAGAGUUGCUACAGGAAAGAACCAGAAAACUUGGCUCGAAAAUCAAAGAACUGAUUAUACUUCCUAUCUAUUCAACUCUGCCGUCAGACCUUCAGGCCAAGAUCUUUGAACCCACCCCUCCAGGAGCUAGAAAGGUUGUCCUAGCCACCAACAUUGCUGAGACAUCUCUUACGAUAGAUGGUAUUAUUUAUGUCAUCGAUCCUGGUUUCUGUAAACAGAAGAGUUACAAUCCAAGGACAGGAAUGGAAUCUCUUGUUGUUACACCUGUUUCUAAAGCCUCUGCCAACCAGCGUGCAGGCCGUGCAGGCCGUGUUGCUGCUGGUAAAUGCUUCCGACUUUACACUGCCUGGGCAUACAAGAAUGAACUGGAAGAUAAUACCAUCCCUGAGAUCCAGAGGACAAACCUUGGAAACGUUGUACUGUUGUUGAAGAGUCUGGGUAUCAAUGACUUGAUCCAUUUUGAUUUCAUGGACCCCCCUCCAGCUGAAACACUGAUUCUUGCACUAGAGCAGUUGUACGCUCUGGGAGCACUUAACCACCAUGGAGAACUUACCAAGCUUGGCAGGAAGAUGGCAGAAUUUCCUGUGGAUCCAAUGAUGUCAAAGACACUGAUUGCCUCUGAAAAAUACAAGUGUGUUGACCAGAUAAUAACCAUCAUAGCCAUGUUAUCUGUCAAUAACGCCAUCUUCUAUCGGCCAAAGGACAAGAUUGUCCAUGCAGAUAAUGCUAGAAUGAAUUUCUUCCGACCUGGUGGUGAUCAUUUAACCCUCUUAAAUGUGUACGACCAAUGGGCCGAGACAGAUUACUCUACUCAGUGGUGUUUUGAGAACUUUAUUCAGCAUCGCUCGAUGAAGAGAGCUAGAGACGUCAGGGAGCAGCUUGAGGGGCUCGUUGAGAGGGUGGAAAUAGAGUUAACUUCUAACCCUCAUGAAGCUCUAUCCAUAAGAAAGGCCAUAACAGCAGGAUAUUUCUACCACACAGCUCGGCUUGGUAGAGGUGGUCAAUAUAGAACAGUGAAACAUCAACAGACGGUUAUGAUCCACCCUAACAGUAGUCUGUUUCAAGAGCAACCACGAUGGCUCAUCUAUCAUGAACUUGUAUUCACCACUAAGGAAUACAUGCGACAGGUCAUUGAGAUUGAAAAUUCAUGGCUUUUAGAAGUGGCACCUCACUAUUACAAAACCAAAGAAGUAGAAGAUGGUUCAUCCCAUAAAAUGCCAAAAAAAGCUGGGGCCACAAGCCAGCAACUGCGCUCCACAUAAUGACAUUCAACUAUGCAUAGGGUAGUCUUUUAUAUCUAAAAUGUAAAUAUCCGAUCAUUGUAAUAAAAUUAUCCAAAAUCCUUUUUGAUUUA